AUGGGGGUGGUGAUGCCAGCCAUUUUCCAGCUGGUUAAUCUCUGUGUCAUUGGCUUUGCUUUAGCUCUCCAAGGAUCUGCAGGGUUAAAUCUAUCACCAUCGCCAGAACCUCUCUCUGUGAAUCCUCCUAUUGAACCAGCACCUGCUCCUCUCUCUCACAGAAAGUCAUUCACAAGCAAUGUACCAAUCCCCACAUUACAGCCAAAUGGGUCAGAUUUGCACCCUCCGCCUGCGAUGCCACCUCUUAUGUCUGCCCCAGUGCCCCAAAAGAUCAAGGGACAAGUACCAUCCUUGUCACCAAGUAUUCCCGAAGUGCUGCCACCAGAUGAUGCAGCUCGUCCACCACUAAGUGUUGAAGGUCAUGUACCGUCUGUGCCACCAAAUAAUGCUCCUCCACCACCAAGUGUUGAAGGUCAUAUACCGCUUGUGCCACCAAAUAAUGCUCCUCCACCACUAAGUGUUGAAGGUCGUGUCCCGUCUAUGCUACCAAAUAAUGCUCCUCCUCCGCGAAGUGUUGAAGGUCAUGUACCGCCUGUGCCACCAAAUAAUGCUCCUCCAUCACCAAGUGUUGAAGGUCAUGUCCCGCCUGUGGCACCAAAUAAUGCUCCUCCACCACCAAGUGUUGAAGGUCAUGUCCCGCUUGUGCCACCAAAUAAUGCUCCUCCACCACUAAGUGUUGAAGGUCAUGUCCCGUCAGUGCCACCAAAUAAUGCUCCUCCACCACCAAGUGUUGAAGGUCAUGUACCACCUGUGCCACCAAAUAAUGCGCCUCCACCACUAAGUGUUGAAGGUCAUGUACUGCCUGUGCCACCAAAUAAUGCUUCUCCACCACUGAGUGUCGAAGGUCAUGUACCAUCUGUGCCACCUACUCCUCAAACAAAGGCACCAGUCAAUAAGAGUCCAAUCUCAGUGCCAGUUGCUCCAGUACCCAUUGCAACACCUUCGAGGACAUUACCACAAAUUUCACCAGCCAUCCAUUCAAGUACACCAGACACAUCACCAUUAAGUGCUCAUCAAAGACAUGCGCCAGACAAUAAGGUUCCCAUACCAGAGCCACUUGCUCCAGCACCUGUUUCGUCAUUGCCGAGGACAUUGGGACCAAAUCCACCUGUGAUGCAUCCGAGCACACCGAAUAUAGCACCACCAAUAUUACCUGUACCAGUUGCUUCACCAACAAGCAAAUCACCACAAAACUCGCCGUCCAUUUACCCAGUUACACCUGGAGAAUCUCCAUCCACAUUUCCUGAUCCUGAAGUCUCUCCUGCAUCAUCUACUCCCCCCAGCAUCAACUGGAAAAGGAAUCCAGCUGUUGCACCACCAUAUGAAGCUCCCAAGCCUUCACUACCCAUGGACCAUACCCCAGCUAAAGCUCCUUCCGUUCACAAACCUGUGGUAUCAUCUCCUCCCUCCAGCACCAACUGGAAAAGGGGUCGAAUACCAGUUGUUGCACCAUCAUAUGAAGCUCCCAAGCCAGCAAUACCCAUGGGCCAUACCCCAGCUAAAGCUCCUGCUGUCCGCAAACCCGUGAGACAUUAUGAGUUUGCUCCUGCACCGUCUGAUUCAUCCCCUGAACCUCCUUUUGAUAAGGGGCAUAGUUCUCCUGCAUCUUCACCUUCAACGUAUAAGAAUCAUCAUGUGAGGAACAAAGUCACCAGUCCUGCUCUUACACCAUCGUAUCUGGUUUCUCCUUCCACUUCAAAACAGCCAGGUCCAGUGAUCUCACCAGCAUCGUUUCAAACAGGCAGGCAAAGACACUAUGGUUCUCCACCCCUAAAUCCAGGGUCUUCAGUUCCUCCAUCUCAUUUACCUGUCACUCCGUCAUUAAGCCAUGUUUCCCCUGCUCCUUCUCCGUCUCUAAAAGAUGCACCUCACUAUACCAAAAUGCCCCCUAAGCUUUCUCCAUCGGGGUCUUUGGCAAAAAGCCCAAAAUUGCCACCACUGCCACUUGUUCAAGCAUUCCCACCACCACCUCCCAAUGAAGAUUGUUCAUCAACUAUUUGCACAGAUCCCUAUACAAAUACCCCUCCUGGGUCACCUUGUGGCUGUGUCUUGCCUUUGCAAGUUGGACUGCGACUUAGUGUUGCUCUGUAUACCUUCUUCCCCUUGGUUUCAGAGCUAGCCCAGGAAAUUGCGGUUGGGGUUUUUAUGCAGCAAAGUCAGGUUCGCAUUAUUGGAGCCAAUGCAGCUACCCAGCAACCAGAGAAGACAGUAGCCCUCAUUGACUUGGUUCCCCUGGGAGAAAAGUUUGAUAACACCACAGCAUUUUUGACUUCCCAGAGAUUUUGGCAUAAACAAGUUGUUAUAAAAGCAUCCUACUUUGGUGAUUAUGAUGUACUAUAUGUGCGCUAUCCAGGUUUACCCCCAUCUCCACCAUCUUCGGAUGUUGAUGUAAUAUAUGAAGGACCAUAUCCUGGUAACAACAAUAAUGGAAGGACGGUAAAGCCCCUCGGGGUUGAUGUGCACAAGAGGAGGAAUAAAAAUGGGCUUAGUGGUGGGAUAAUUGCUAUUAUUGCUUUGUCUACCUUUGCAGCAGUUGCUUUAUGCUCUGCUGCUGCUUGGGUUUUUCUGUUCAAACAUGGAGACCGUGCUUCUGAACCAACACCAACUCCACAGGCUUUGCUACCUUCUGUUGGCAAACCAUCAGGUACUGCUGGGUCUAUGAUGGAAAGUAGGCACAGUUCCGUGUCGUUAUCAUUUGGAUCUAGCAUUGCAACAUAUACAGGAUCUGCUAAUACUUUUAGUGCAAGUGACAUUGAGAGAGCCACUGACAAUUUUGACCCUUCAAGAAUACUUGGGGAAGGUGGCUUUGGGCGUGUUUAUAGUGGUGUUCUUGAAGAUGAGACCAAGAUUGCUGUCAAAGUUCUAAAAAGAGAUGAUCAGCAGGGUGGUCGGGAGUUUUUGGCUGAAGUUGAGAUGCUUAGUCGCCUUCAUCAUCGAAAUUUGGUCAAGUUGAUUGGCAUAUGCACAGAAGAGCAUAGCCGUUCCUUGGUUUAUGAGCUCAUUCCUAAUGGCAGUGUGGAAUCUCAUUUGCAUGGAAUUGACAAGGACACUGCUCCACUUAAUUGGGCACACCGCAUGAAGAUAGCACUUGGUGCUGCUCGGGGUCUGGCAUAUCUACAUGAGGAUUCCAGUCCCCGUGUCAUACACAGGGAUUUCAAAGCCAGCAAUAUUUUGUUGGAAGAUGAUUUUACUCCAAAAGUGUCCGACUUUGGUUUGGCACGGACCGCCAUGGAUGAGGAAAAUAGACACAUAUCAACCAGGGUCAUGGGAACUUUUGGGUAUGUGGCUCCAGAAUAUGCAAUGACUGGGCAUCUUCUUGUCAAGAGUGAUGUAUACAGCUACGGUGUUGUCCUUCUUGAACUCUUAACUGGAAGAAAACCAGUGGACAUGUCACAGCCACCUGGUGAAGAAAACCUAGUUGCAUGGGCCCGGCCACUCCUCACAAGUAAAGAAGGAUUGGAAGCAAUGAUAGAUCCAAAUCUAGGAGAUGUCCCAUUUGACAGUAUUGCUAAAGUGGCAGCUAUUGCUUCAAUGUGCGUACAACCGGAGGUAUCACAUCGUCCUUUCAUGGGUGAAGUUGUUCAGGCCUUAAAACUGGUGUGCAAUGAGUUUGAUGAGGCAAAAGAAAUAGGUUCAAGGAGUUCUAGUCAAGACGAUUUGUCCAUCGAUGUGGCUGCUGAAGCAAGCACUGCCUCAGGACAGUUGCCAGAUACUUUCCAAAGCCAAUACUCCAUACUUACCUAUGAUUCCGAUCUUGAGACAGAGAGGGAAGGAUCGCCGUUGAAGCUGUUCAGUACAUCAAUGAGCAGGGGGAGGCAAGAUUCUGAAUCCUUUAGGAGGCACUCCAGUUCAGGUCCUCUGGGAACAGGAAGGAGUAAGCAGUUCUGGGAGAGACUGAGGAGAUCAUCCGGGGGCAGCGUGAGUGAGCACGGGUUUAUGUUGAAGUUAUGGCAAGGAUCCCAUUGA